AUGGUCACCCCAAAUCCAUCAAUUCUAUCUAUCCUCACCGCCAGACCCUGGUUCUACGACCAUAAUUUGAGCUUCAUCAGAUUUCGAACUGAUGGCACUGGAGAGAUCUGGUACGCCGGAGAAAUGUUCGUUACAGUCGCGAACGAGUUUGACUGGAAGGCUCUCAAUCCUCAAGCUCUGAAAGAAACGAUUCAUAUUUCCCGCGGUCGAAACGUUCAGCAUUUAGCGCAACUUAGCGUCGAAAUCACCCUCACAGAACGUCGACCACGCCGCGAUGAGGAGCGUGCGAGGAUAUUACUCAAAACGUUUCAAGAUGGCAAAUAUCCUUUCACCGACUCUGCAUUUCGACCGAAGACAUUUACUGUGCGCCUUGAAGAGGGAAAGUUUCCGUUACCAUUCACGGAUGAUCACGGCGGCCCCGAGUACCGACUUAGGGCAAAGGUUAGGUAG